AGAAGCCCCGCCCUCGAGCGUGCGUCCGCAUUUCCGCGCUGCGCCAUUUCGGAGCGGAUCUGAUCCAGGAAUCCGACACACACGGUCAGAAACACGCGAAACUCACGGUUGAGCCAUGCAUCGCGACUGCCCUCUGGACUGUAAGGUGUACGUUGGAAAUCUGGGAAAUAAUGGGAACAAAUCCGAACUAGAGAGAUCGUUCGGCUAUUACGGACCCCUGCGGAGCGUCUGGGUGGCCAGGAACCCUCCCGGUUUUGCGUUCGUUGAGUUUGAGGACCCUCGCGAUGCCACGGACGCCGUCAGAGAGCUGGACGGACGGACCCUCUGCGGUUGCCGAGUGAGAGUGGAGCUGUCCAAUGGCGAGAAGCGCUCUCGUAGCCGGGGUCCGCCUCCGUCCUGGAGCCGACGCCCACGCGAUGACUACCGCAGGCGCAGCAGCCCCACCCCCAGGCGCAGAUCGCCCAGGAGGAGGAGCCUCAGUCGUAGUCGCAGCAGAUCUCUUUCUAGAGAGCGCCGGAGGGAGAGAUCGCCGUCUCGUGACAGGAACCACAGGCUCUCGCGAUCUUUCUCCCGAUCAAGGAGUCGUUCCAGAUCUAAUGAACGGAAAUGAACUGAGAAGAACGUUGUGACUGAGACCUCGGCACAGAUCCAACAUGUUGAAAAACUUUGAAAAGACUGAGUCACCCAUGUAUUUUUUUUUUAUUAACAUUAUUUUAGCAGUUCUGUUUUCUUCUGUAGCUGCGGUUGUGCGUGUUUGCAGUUUUAAUGCGACGGCAUUCCAUCUCACACUUUUUUAAGACUCUUGUUUUUAUUUUUUUUGUGUUUUUUUGGCGGUGAAUGUGAUUGGUCCUGCUGCGCUGAGCUCGACCGUGUUUGUGUUUUCUGUGCGAUCAGAGGGGGGAGAUGUAACGGCACUAUGACGGCAGCAGGGGGUGGAAUCCAGAACAGCUUUCAUUCUUGUUUUUUUUUCUCCUUGUAGUGUUUGUACUGUUUGUAAUGUUGAACUGAAUUAAAACUCAUUACAAAAA